AUGGAAAUUUUGAUACUACGAGUGGCUGGAAGACAUUAUCGUGAUUUUUUACGUACUAUUGAUCAAUUGCAUGAUAGCAAUCGAUAUAGUUUUCCACAUAUGAAUAGUCCCGUCUUUCAUGUCACAGAAGAAGAUGAGAAUGGUGCUGUACUUCACUAUAAAUCAAAACGUCUUGGAUGGGAAACAUACACCAUUGGUGGACUCAAAGAAUGUGCAGCAAAAUUAUUUAAAACUGAUGUUACAGUUCGAAUUCAAGCAGAUGAAUCAAGUAAUGGAACGACCGAUAUUAUAUUUCGGAUUGAUUUUAAUAAUCGUGGAACAAUAAAGCAAAUAUUCUAUUUGUCAACACUACCAGAUUUGACAAGUGAAACAUUUUUUAAAGUAUUUCCAUUUUGUAUCGUUAUCAACCGUUUUAUGCGUAUUUUUCUCGUUGGUCAAGGUAUUCGAAAAUUAUUUGCUCCACCAUACGACAAAGUAUUAGUCGGACAAAGUUUUAAUGAUGCAUUUUCGCUUAUUCGACCCGAUAUUCCACUUCAAUAUCAAAAAAUUUUAUCUUAUGGUCGACAUAUUGUAUUUGUCAUUGAAAGUAAACAUCCAUUACGUGCUGAUAUAUAUCGAUCAAAUGAUGUACCAAGAUCUACCGUUCGCCUUAAAGGUCAAAUGAAAUCAAUUAAAAAUUGGAAUAUGAUUGUUUUUCUAUGUCACCCAGUUUUGGCGACAAUAGAAGAAAUGGUUUCACUUGGCUUAUAUUUGAAUGAUUUAAAUUUUUAUGAUGGUACAAGUGAAAUGUUAACUGCAGGAACAGAACGUUCGAGACAAUUAAAACAAGCCAUAGACAGACAACAAACAUGGAUAGCUGAAUUAGAGAAUAGUAAAAUUGAAUAUCAAGAAUGGCGAAAGAAAAGUAGAUAUCUUUUAUACUCAAUGAUGCCCAAACAUAUUGCUCUGAUGUUACAAGAAGGUAUUCAACCAAAUUCCAUUUGUGAGUCACACAAAAUGAUAACAAUCAUGUUUUCUUAUACGUUAGAUUUCAAAGAGUUAGCAUCCAAAUUAGAUCCUAUUCAAAUAAUUAAUAGUUUAAAUCAAAUAGUGAGCACGUUUGAUCAAUGUACAGAUAAAUUUGACGUAUUCAAGGUUGAAACAAAAGCUGAUUUAUCAUAUAUGGUUGUUGGUGGAUUAAAAAAUCGUUUACCAUUGAACAGACGUACAUCAAAUAAUAGUACAGCAUCGAAUGGCAGUUCAGUCAAUAGUAAUGAUUUUAGUUCUCUACUUGAUAUUAAAAAUCCAUUAGAUAUGAAUCAAGCAGAAAUUAUUGCUGGACUAUCAUUAGAACUACAAAAACAAUCAGACAAUUUUAUCAAUCCAAUGACAAAUAAACCAUUUCGAAUUAAAUUUGGUUUUCAUUCUGGACCUGCAGUGGGUGGAAUUGUUGGUAAUAAAAACUUUCAAUAUUGUUUAUUCGGAGAUACCGCUAGUCGAGUGACAACAUCUGGAGAUAUUGGUCGAAUUCAUGUUAGUCCGACAUCUUAUCAGUUACUAAAGUGCUCACCAUACUAUGAUUUGGUGUACAGAGGGAGAACAGAACUAAAGGGUAAAGGAUUAUAUGAAACAUUCUGGCUAGUCGGCGCAAAAUCAAAUUAUUCAAAUGUGCUUAGACCAUUUAAUCAACAUUUGAUACAUCAACAGCAACCGUCCUUAAACUCUAAUCGUUAUCAAAAUGAUCUUCAUCUCAAUGAUAAUGUUUUUGAUCCGCCUGUUUCAUUAAAAAGCUUAGAGAUCAAAACUUUUGAACUGCCAAAGCAGAAUCAACAAACUAGUAUAAAUAUUCGUAUAAAUGACGACUGUACGUCUUCGUCAAGUGUCAGAGAUUAUGGUUACGUAUCUACUUCGCCAAAUGAUGAAAACAUAUCAAUAAGUAAGGAGAGUAGUGGUCAAUUCAAUGAGCAACUACUUUUUUCACCACGACCAUCUCGUCCACAUAUCGCCACUCGAAAAUCCGUGUCGUGCGCUUCAGCAAAAUGUCCAUUUAGCUCAUGUUUUCCCUUUGAUUAA